CAGGUGCAGUUCUAUUUCUGACCUCCGGGAGGCCGCGGCUCGCUGAGCUGCAGGGAGACUCGGAGAGCAACCAGCGAAGAAGAAAAAGUAUUUUGCUAGCAGUUAGCCUGUUAGCCGGGCCGUCAUGGCAGACCUGAACCGACAGCUCCAGGAGUACCUGUCUCAGUCCAAAGGCGGCGGCGCAAAGACCAUCUCCCAGUCCGGCUCCAGCACCGCGGUGGACCUGGGCGACCCGGAGCCCGUCCCGGGAAGCUGGUUCGGCCGGUGGUCCAGCCCGUGGUCCGCCAGCACUUCCGGACAGAGCUCGGGCGGAAGCGGCGGCUUGUCGUGGCCGUGGUCGGCCGAACCGGAUCCCUGCCUGCCGGGCAUGAGCCGCCGCCAGCGGCUGCUGGCCUUCGGCGUGUGCGUGUCGUUUUCCGCACUCUGCUUCGGUUUGUCGGCGCUGUAUGCCCCGCUGCUGCUGCUCUACGCCCGCAAGUUCGCGCUACUCUGGUCGCUUGGCUCGGUGUUCGCCAUCGCGGCCGCCGCGGUGCUCCGCGGGCCCAGCAGGCUGGCCGCUGGCCUCCCUACCUCCCCCGGAGCCGCCGUGUACCUGUGUGCUCUCGGGGGUACCUUGUACGCGGCGCUGAGCCUCCACAGCACCGUGCUGACCGCCCUGGGCGCCGCCCUGCAGGUCGCCGUCAUCGCCGGCUGCCUGGUGUCGCUGCUACCCGGAGGCAGCGCCGGGAUCCGCUUCAUGGGGGGCAUGGCGGCGUCCGCCAUCAGGAGGACCGUCACCGGGAAGACCAUGCCGAUCUGACCGGGACCCGGGCAUCCGGGGGGGGGGGGGGGGUUGCUGUGGAAUGUCGAGGGUCCGGAUUAACGUCAAGACUUUCCUCUGAUUGUUGACUGCUGAUGGCUUACUGCAGAGGAACACUGAACCCUGACCUUUGACCUGCAGGACUCAUGAGAACACUAAAGCCUGACCUUUGACCUGCAGCAGGGCCAGGCUGCUGGUGAUGAACUGAGGACCAAACAAAGACUAAAAACUGAAUUUCCCUCUGAUGCAGGUGUUUUGUGUUUUUUAAAAUAAAUGUGAUUUAAGUUUGACACAGAGAUUAAAAACAACCUGAACAUCUGUCUGGCUUCAUAUGUUUUCUUUUCUAAACAUGUGGCACAUUGUAGUCUGACCACAUCAGGGGGUGAAGAUGAU